GUAGGGCCAGUUGUGUGUACAUUGCAUUACUUGUUGGACUUCGGAAGUUUUAUUUAAGAAGAAAUCGUAUGAUUUUUUCUGGGUUUGUGUAUAUCACAAUCCGCUGGGGCGAUACAGUAGUAACUAUCCAGGGGCAGUGAAGCACUCAGUGAAGUGCAAAACUGAUUUCGGCCUGCUGACAGCACAGUGACGUGUACAUGGUAAUCUUCUUUACACGCGCCCCAAAGUUAGGCUUCUAGUAUUGUGGAGAGUUGCAGCGAAAGUAAUGGAUAAAAGAGCCACAAAUGACCCAGAAAGCAUGGAAUAUCUCACCGCAGGCAACAUUCAGGUUAAGUCAGAAGCAGAAGUUUGUCAAUCAUGUCUUGAUCAUGAUAUAAAGAAUAUAAAGAAAGAAGAGGAAGACGACUGCUCCCAUGGAAUUGACUUAGGUUUUCAGCCACAGAUUAAAAGGGAGAUAGAAGGAACACCAUACAUGGAAGAGAUCAGGUCCUUUAAACAAUUUCAGGAAUUAGGGGUGGAGAUCAAAAUUGGCCAGCAAUUACCAAGAUGGAAUGCUUUGAAAGAUCAACUACAGUUGAAUACACAUGAAAAGUUGGCAGAAUUCUUGAUGGAUUUCUAUUUUAAGCAUACAAGUGAGACGGUUUCUCCUCAGUCAUCUGAGACUGUUGACCCACCACCAGAUAAUGGAAUCAUAAAGAAUGAAGACUACGUACUAGUAAGCAAUUAUAAGCAUACAAGUGAGACCCUAUCUCCUCAAUCAUCUGAGAUUGUUGUCCCGCCACCUGAUAGCAAAAUCACAAAGAAUGAAGACUCUGUAAGCUAUUCUAAACAUGCAAGUGAGACACUAUUUCCUCAAUCAUCUGAGAUUGUUGACGCACCACCAGAUAGUGGAGUCGCAGAGAAUGAAGACUCCGUAAGGCACAGUGCACGCUUCAUUCACAAAUGUGAAGUAUGUGGAAAGCAGUUUAUUACAAAAUCAAGUCUACUUCAUCAUGUAGAUGAUCACAGCAAACGAAAAUUUCAUUGCGAAAUCUGUGGUAUGUCCUUCAAACGCUCAUUUCAUGCCAAGAAUCAUAAGCUUUCUAAACACUCCACGGAAAGAAAUUUUGAAUGCCCUACCUGCAGAAAGAAAUUCAAGCGUAAAGAUGUUAUGAAGAGACACAUGCGCCUCCAUGAUGUCACACCUUCAGAAUGCCCUAAAUGCAAGAAGAAAUUCAAGGAUUAUGACAGUAUGAAGAAUCACAUGCGCCUCCAUGAUCUCUCACCUUCAGAUAUCAAGUGCUGCGAGUGGGGAUCAACUUUGACCUCUGAGAAAGCCAGAUAUCAAAGGCGAUCAGUAGUUGCCGAAUUGUUUCCAGCUGAUGAUGUUAUCAUGCCAGACAAUUUGUUACCUCCAAAUGUCAAGCCUUCAGUUGCCAAGACAUUCAAGGAACACUGGAACUGCAUAAGGACCAGGUUUUUAAGGGGUAACACCAAGUCUUCGAGGGGUAAAAGGCUGCAAGACUGGUAUAACUUUCGACUGACUGCCUUUCAGCCAAAUGACCUUUGUGACCAUCUGGUUCCAAUCUUAGAAGAACAGCGCUCACUUUUCAAAGUCCGUGUUUCAUUUGGUUUUAUUCUAAGAAACAACAAGACAGGAGCCUUGCAAUAUCAACACACAAGCAGCAACAGUCACUGUAUUCUGAAAAAGCCUGCUAAGAUCCAAUAUCGUGAGGAUAUCGAUGAGAUAUUCGGAGAUGUGUCUCUUCAAGAUGUUCUUGGGUGUGCUCAACAAGAUCAACCCAGUGGAGAGUGGGUGGUUGAGAUGGUCACAAAUGUUGUGUAUUAUGUAACAAAGCUAAAACCAAAAGUUAAAUAUGACCCCAAAUGUUUUUUGAUGACCUUAGUGCAUGAUUUGGACUUGAUUAGGCACAGUGCACGCAAUCACAAAUGUGAAGUAUGUGGAAAGCAGUUUAAUACAAAAUCAAGCCUACUACAUCAUGCAGAUGAUCACCGCAAAAGAAAAUUUCUCUGCGAAAUCUGCGGCAUGUCCUUCAAACGCUCAAUUCAUAUCAAGAAUCAUAAGCUUUCUAAACACUCCAAGGAAAGAGAUUUUGAAUGCCCUACCUGCAGAAAGAAGUUCAAGCGUAAAGACAAUAUGAAGAGACACAUGGGCCUCCAUGAUGUCACACCUUCGGAUUGCCCUAAAUGUAAGAAGAAAUUCAAAGAUUAUGACAGGAUGAAGAAUCACAUGUGCCUCCAUGACGUCACACUUUCAGAUAUCAAGUGCUGUGACUGGGGAUCAACUUUGACCUCUGAGAAAGCCAGAUAUCAAAGGCGAUCGAUAGUUGCUGAAUUGUUUCCAGCUGAUGAUGUUAUCAUGCCUGACAAUUUGUUACCUCCAAAUGUCAAUCCUUUAGUUGCCAAGACAUUCAAGGAACACUGGAACUGCAUAAGGACCAGGUUUUUAAGGGGUAACACCAAGUCUUUGAGGGGUAAAAGGCUGCAAGACUGGUAUAACUUUCGACUGACCGCCUUUCAGCCAAAUGACCUUCGAGACCAUCUGGUACCGAUCUUAGAAGAAAAGCGCUCAGUUAUCAAAAUCAAUGUUUCAUUUGGUUUUAUUCUAAGAAACAACAAGACAGGAGCCUUGCGAUAUCAACACACAAGCAGCAACAGUCACUGUCUUCUAAAAAUGCCAGCUAAGAUCCAAUAUCGUGAGGAUAUCGAUGAGAUAUUCGGAGAUGUGUCUCUUCAAGAUGUUCUUGGGUGUGCUCAACAAGAUCAACCCAGUGGAGAGUGGGUGGUUGAGAUGGUCACAAAUGUUGUGUUUCAUGUAGCAAAGCUAAAACCAGUACUUUAAUAUGACCCCAACUGUUAACAGGCUAAGGCCCCAUACCCAUAGACACCACCUGCCUAUGUAACAAAACCCAACUCUAUGGGGAUUCUCACCAAGUCAUUCAGCUUAAAAAAUUUGCCUCUGUCUUGUGUAAAGGAAAAUGCAGAAAAAGCUGGUGAUUAUGUAUGUAUGUUGGAAACAAGAGAUUGUCAUUCCGUUAAGCUGAUUGCUUAGUAUAGGGAAACAUUCACAUCGAGAAGA